AUGAACCAAGCCUACAGGCUCCACGCCCGCCUCAUCAAGACCCUCGACCUCACUGCCCUGCACUCCUUCCUCCUCCACUCCGUCCACCACCCCUCCACCCUCCCCUACGUCCGAGCUGCCUUCGUCCGCCACCAGCCGUCCCUGCUCCGCCACUCCGCCGCAUUCCCUUUCAACACGCUCAUCCGCGCCUCUGCUGCCGACCCCUCUGACGCCCUCGCUGCUUUCAGCCUCAUGCGCGCAGCCGCGGUCCCCCCGGACCUCUUCACGUUCCCCCUCCUCCUCAAGGCCUGCUCGCUCCUCCCCUUCUCCUGCGCCGAUGGCCCCCGUCGCCACCCGGGCGUCGCCGCCCACGCCCUCGCCGUCAAGCACGGCCUUUCCGCCGACCUCUACGUUGCCAACACCCUUGUUCGUCUCUACAGCGGGUUCGCUCUCCUCGACGCCGCUCUCCAGAUUUUCGUCGAAAUGCCCCUGAGGGAUGCCGUCUCGUGGUCUGCUCUUAUUUCCUCGCUCGCGUCCAAUGGCCACGACGAGACCGCCCUCGACGCUUUCCGCCUCAUGCAGGCUUGCUCCCCCGACGCGGCGCCUGACGAGGUUACCGUGAUCACUGUGAUCACGGCGGUCGCACACCUCGGCGCUCCGGACCUUGCCGCCUGGGUGGACCGCUACGUGGCUCGACGAGGGUUCGCCCUGACGGCCAAGAUGGGCACGGCGCUGAUCACGAUGCACUCGCGGUGCGGGUCCAUGGACCGAGCCGCGAGGGUGUUCGACGGGAUGCCGCAGCGGGAGCGAGGCGUGAGGGCGUGGACGGCCAUGAUCGUCGGGUACGCGGCGCACGGGCGGAGCGCCGAGGCCCUGGGAGCUUUCGACCGGAUGGUGGGCGACGCGGGGCUGCGGCCCGACCACGUAGCGCUGAUCGGGGUGCUGACGGCGUGCAGCCACGGGGGCCUGCUGGAGGAAGGGUGGCGAGUGUUCCGGAGCAUGGAGCGGACGCCCGGGAUGGAGCCGCGGAUGGAGCACUACGGUUGCAUGGUGGACAUGAUGGGGAGGGGGGGGCGCGUGAGGGAGGCGUACGACUUCGUGGAGGGGAUGCCGGUGAGACCCAACGCGGUGAUCUGGAGGACGCUCCUGGGUGCGUGCGUCAGCCACGGCGACGUUGCGCUGGCGGAGCAGGUGAAGAGGAGGAUAGCGGAGACGGAGCCUGGGCACGAUGGGGAUUACGUGCUGCUGUCGAAUGCCUAUGGAUGGAUCGGGCGGUGGGAGGAGAAGGAUCGAGUCCGGUGCGCGAUGAGGGUGGCGGGCGUGGCAAAGAGGCCCGGGUGCAGCUCACUUCGUGUCUGA